CAGCAUCAUGCUGUGGGAGACAGAUGGAGCCAGAUCCAUUAGCUGCAGCAACCUCACUCUGGGGUCAAAGGUCAGCAUCCAGCAGGAGAACCAGCCUGAACAUCCAGCUAGAGUUAGAACGGCCUAGUGAAAGUCCAGAGCUAAACGACGAGUGUCAGUAUUUUGACUUCCUUCGUUGGUGCGUCACGCUGCCAUCCGCCGCGCGCAUGCCGGCACGCACGCGCCUCCUCCUCCUCUUCCUCAUUUCCGUGAUCUGCUGGAGUUGAGCUGCGCGUGCAGAGCAGAGCAGUCCGGUCCGUUUCCACAGAGGGUUCAGAUUCGGACCGGCACUUGAUCAGCACGAGCUUCGGGUCGGUUCAGGUUGGUUCGGGUCCAUUCUCCCGCUGCUGCUCAGAGGCAUGAGCCGAACCGGACCCGCUCCAGCUGCAGCCUGCAGAACCGGCUCUCUGUCCUGCUGAUGAGGAUGAUGAAGGAGCCGCUCCACGCGCCCCGGCGGCCCCGCGCGCAGCUCUAAGAUGACACCAGGACUCGGAGCGCGGAUCCACACCAACCCGGGGUAACGAGACACAGACACGGCAGGGAGCGGACAGUUCGGGUCCCGAGAGACGCAGAGGGAGAGUCCGGGCGCAGAGCGCGGAGCGGCGGGGAGAGGAGGCGCAGCGAGCCGCGGGGAGCCGCAGAGGAAAGGUCCAGUGAUGCUGCUGCCGCGGACCUCCGUCCGGUCCGCGCUCCUCCUCCUCCUCCUCCUCCUCCUCUUCAUCCUCCUGCAGACGCCGGGACGCUGCCACGCGGCCGCGCGGCACCGGGGGCCGGAGGCGCGCAGGGGCCGCCACAGCCUGGCGCAGCUGGUCGGCCGGUACCGGAGGGGCCCGGUGGGCUUCAGCGGGCACGAAGCGGCGGGUACGAAACGGCCGAGCCGGUCGAACCACGACGGUCGCCUCAGCGAUCCGAAGCACAAGGAGAAGUUCAUCACAGUCCUGACAGGUCCUCUGUACUUCAAACCUCAGUGCCGGAAACAGUUCCACCGACUCUACAACCACACCAGAGACUGCACGACUCCCGCCUUUUAUAAAAGAUGUGCUCGUCUGCUGACUCAACUGGCCAAGAGCCCUCGCUGUUCCGAGAGAUAAACAGACCGCGAGACGCCGGUGGACAGGAAGUGGACGCCGUCCGCCAUGUUGCCUCCCUCUGAUGACCAGCUGGUGACAUCUGGAAGCCAAGAGAAACUUGAUGUCAAAGGUCAAACCGUUCAUAUGCAGCAGCAAAGAACAGUCUCCACCGUUCAGAUGAACUGGUUCAGAUGAACUGGUUCAGAUGAACCGGUUCAGAUGAACUGGUUCAGAUGAACUGGUUCCCACAGACUCUCUGAAUCUUCCAGCUCAUGAAAUGUUGGUUCCAGUUGAUCUCCUCUCUGCUGCCAGUGGCUUUACUGGUUUCUGAUGGACUGUCUGCUCUGGAAACAAACCUGGGACAUUUGAUCAGUUUGACUUGUUUUGGACGAUGGACCACGAGGGUUCAGAGGUCACCAGCUGAUCAAAGUAAAGCUUUUCCAGUAUAUUUAUAUUGUUCAAACUGCCUCCCUCUGUGCAAUAUGUACAUAAUGAAAGAGGAAUAAAGACACAUUUGAUACA